GGCGGGGCCGCGUCGCUCGGCGGGGCCAGCUCCUCCAGCAGGAAGGGCAGCAGCAGCUCCGUCUGCAGCGUCGCCUCCUCCUCCGACAUCAGCCUGAGCUCCUCCGCCGGGCUGCCGGGCGCGGGGGGUCUGCGGCUGGAGAGGAGGGCCGAGGGGCUGCUGCUCGACCAGGGCUCCGCGGCGGGGGGAGUGACGGGAGGCGGGGUCGGCUCUGACGGACAGCAGCAGGAGCCGAUCGUCGUGCUGUCGGCCGCGGCGGAGGGCGGGUCCGGCUCGGCGUCCAGCUCCGGCACGCUCACCGCCGACACGCCCGCCCCCGGAGACGAAGCCAGAAAUAAGGACUCAUCCACGGCGACCACCGACCCGGCGACCGCCAUCUCCAUGGGGCUGGUGAGCGUCAGCUCCCCCGACGUCAGCUCGGUGUCGGAGUCGUCCAGCAAGGACACGCCCUCUCAGAGACCUCUGUGCUCGGCCACUAACGCCCGGCUGUCGGUCAGCUCGCUGCUGGCCGCUGGCGCUCCCAUGAGCUCCAGCGCCAGCGUUCCCAACCUGUCGUCCCGCGAGGCCAGCCUCAUGGAGUCCUUCGUCCGCCGUGCGCCCAACAUGUCGCGCACCAACGCCACCAACAACAUGAACCUGAGCCGCAGCAGCAGCGACAACAACACCAACACGCUGGGCAGGAACGUCAUGAGUACUGCCACUUCUCCUCUCAUGGGCGCUCAGAGCUUUCCUAACCUCACCACCACUGGCACCACCUCCACCGUUACCAUGUCAACCUCCAUAGUAACCAGCAGCAAUAACGUAGCCACGGCCACCACGGGUCUGUCGGUGGGCCAGUUGCUAAGCAACACCCUGACGACCAGCCUGACGUCCACGUCCAGCGAGAGCGACACAGGCCAGGAGGCUGAGUUCUCUCUCUAUGACUUCCUGGACAGCUGUCGUGCCAACACGUUAUUGGCCGAGCUGGACGACGAGGAGGACCUCCCCGAGCCGGACGACGACGACGACGAGAACGAAGACGACAAUCAGGAGGACCAGGAGUACGAGGAGGUCCUGGAGGAGGAGGAGUACGAGACCAAAGGAGGUCGCAGGAGGACGUGGGACGACGACUUCGUCCUCAAGAGACAGUUCUCUGCUCUGGUUCCCGCCUUCGACCCCCGACCAGGAAGAACCAACGUCCAGCAGACCACGGACCUGGAGAUCCCCCCGCCAGGAACUCCUCGUUCGGAGGUUCAGGAGGAGGUGGAGUGUGCUCCCUCUCCUCACCUCGCUCUCACUCUGAAGGUGGCGGGGCUGGGUACGACCCGGGAGGUGGAGCUUCCUCUGUCCAACUACAAGUCGACCAUCUUCUACUACGUCCAGCGGCUGCUGCAGCUCUCCUGCAACGGAGCCGUGAAGACAGACAAACUGCGACGCAUCUGGGAGCCGACGUACACGAUCAUGUACAGAGAGCUGAAGGACUCUGAUAAGGAGAAGGAGAGCGGGAAGAUGGACUUCUGCGAGCACGGUGUCGGUGUCGGGGGUCGCUCCGGUGGCCUGAGUCCUGGUUCGGUUUCGGCCAAUCAGAGCAGCGAGAUCCUGGGCGGGGCCAGGGAGGCGGCGCAGGCGAAGGCGGGCUGCAGUCAGAACGCCUGCGGGGUGGAGGACGUCCUGCAGCUGCUACGCAUCCUCUACAUCAUCGGAGGAGACGCCGCCUCCAACGCUCGCACACUGCAGGAGGAUGUUGACGAGCUGCAGUUCAACGCGUCUCCAGAGGAGUUCACCAGUAAGAAGAUCACAACCAAGAUCCUGCAGCAGAUCGAGGAGCCUCUGGCUCUGGCCAGCGGAGCUCUGCCUGACUGGUGUGAACAGCUCACCUCCAAGUGUCCUUUCCUCAUCCCCUUUGAGACCCGACAGCUCUACUUCACCUGCACCGCCUUCGGAGCCUCCAGGGCCAUCGUGUGGCUGCAGAACCGGCGGGAGGCGACCAUGGAGCGCUCUCGGCCGUCCACCACGGUGCGGCGGGACGACCCCGGAGAGUUCAGGGUCGGUCGCCUCAAACACGAACGAGUCAAAGUCCCGCGAGGAGACGCCAUGAUGGAGUGGGCCGAGUCCGUCAUGCAGAUCCACGCCGACAGGAAGUCCGUGCUGGAGGUGGAGUUUCAGGGCGAGGAGGGAACAGGUCUCGGUCCCACGCUGGAGUUUUACGCUCUGGUGGCUGCAGAGUUCCAGAGGACGUCUCUGGGGAUCUGGCUGUGUGACGACGACUUCCCCGACGACGAGUCACGACAGGUGGACCUGGGCGGCGGUCUGAAGCCUCCUGGUUUCUACGUGCAGCGCUCCUGUGGCCUCUUCCCGGCGCCGUUCCCUCAGGACAGCGAGGAGCUGGAGCGAAUCACCAAGCUCUUUCACUUCCUGGGCGUCUUCCUGGCCAAGUGCAUCCAGGACAACCGUCUGGUGGACCUGCCUGUGUCCCAGCCUUUCUUCAAGCUGCUCUGCAUGGGGGACAUCAAGUCCAACAUGAGCAAGCUGCUGUACCAGUCCCGCAGCUCGCCGCAGGGUCACGACCCUGAGCGGCCCCACCCGCCCUUCCUGCUGCUGUCCGAGGUGCAGUCGGAGGCGUCCACCGAGGAGAGCCAGGAGACCUACUCUGUGGGCAGCUUCGACGAGGACUCCAAGUCCGAGUUCAUCAUGGACCCACCCAAACCCAAACCGCCGGCCUGGUACCACGGCAUCCUGACCUGGGACGACUUCCAGCUCGUCAACCCGCACAGGGCGAGCUUCCUGAAGGAGGUGAAGGAGCUGGCGGUGAAGAGGAGGCAGAUUCUGUCCAGUAAGAGUUUAUCUGAGGAUGAGAAGAACACCAGGCUGCAGGACCUGAUGCUCAGGAACCCGCUCGGCUCUGGACCCCCCCUCAGCAUCGAGGACCUAGGGUUAAACUUCCAGUUCUGUCCGUCCUCUAAGGUUCACGGUUUCUCAGCUGUGGACCUGAAACCAAACGGAGACGAUGAGAUGGUGACCAUGGAGAAUGCAGAGGAGUACGUGGAGCUGAUGUUUGAUUUCUGUAUGCACACGGGCAUCCAGAAACAGAUGGAGGCCUUCAGAG